GUAUUGUGUCUGCAUGGGUUACUAGUAGUAUAUCAGUACAUGACUGACACAAGGAAAGAGGAAUUUGGAGCCAUUCGUCAAAGGAAUUUAAUCAUAUAUAGGCUGAUUAUCAAUUCAUAGUUCUAAAGCGAUAGGCCUACUAUGCUACUGGCCUAAUAAGUGGUGAGAGAGCGAAAAUGUAUGAUCAUUCCGACAUGGAUUUAAAUUAAACUUUUCGAUUCGUGCUGAAAUGAUAUACCCGGUUCGCCGCAUUGGAAUCUUAUGUUGCAUCUUCAGUUACCCAGCGUUUACCCAUCGUUUACCGUCAAGUACUGUGAUCUAAAGCCACUUUGUUUAAUGAAACUAAAUUGGUAGCUGUAUUACACGAAACAAUACCACGCGAAACUUACCAACAACAAUGCCAGACGAAAUUGAUGACGGCAUACAAAAUCCCGGUUUCGAAGGUGGCGAGUCCCUAGGAGACUCGGCUUCAAAAACUCGACCCGUCGGCGUAGUCAGACCGGUACAAGCCAAGGGUGCCGCGGAUGACGACGCGAAGCCGAGUCACGUUGAAGUGGAAGAUGCGGAUGAUUCGUUGACAUGCGGAUGGGGCCCGCUGAGGCCGAAAUGCUUGCAAUGCUUCAACAGGCCCGCUGGAUUCCUCGUCUUUGUCUCCAUCUUCGGGUUCGUCCAAGGGAUGACCGUCAACGGACUCGUCUACGUCGUCACCACCACACUCGAACGCCGCUUCAACAUCCCCAGCGUCCGAUCGGGGUUCAUCUCCAGCUGCUACGACUUUGGGACGCUGAUCGUCGUCGCCUUCGUUACGUACUUCGGGGAGAAGGCACACAAGCCGGUCUGGAUCGGGAUAGGAGCGCUGGGUUUCUCCUGCGGUUCUAUUCUGUUCAGUGUACCACAUUAUUUGACCGGGCCGUAUCAGUUUGAGUCUGUCGACGUUCCAACUUGUGAUCUGAAUAGUACGAUGCCGGGUGGGAGCACGGAACUCGAAACAGGCCUCAGCCGUUAUUACAUCAUCUUCAUCAUCGCCCAGCUCAUUCACGGCAUCAGUGCUUCUGGGUUAUAUACCCUGGGCUAUACGUUCCUCGAUGAGAAUACUCCAGUUAGUAGAGCGUCUAUUUAUAUUGGUAUAUUUCAAGCAUCUUCAUUAUUCGGGCCUGCCUGUGGAUAUCUAAUAGGUGGUGUUAUACUUGAGGUCUAUACUGACCUUGAUGUUGACAUCUCUCAGUUAGGUAUUACUUCAGAUAGCCCACUGUGGGUUGGUGCGUGGUGGACUGGCUUUCUUCUGACCGCCGCCAUCUCUUUUCUGGUUGCUUUCCCGCUCAUGGCAUUUCCAAGAUCUUUACCAGGGAAGAAGAAAGUUGAACAUGCAUCACAGGCUCAGAAAGGUUCCGAAUUCAAAAGGAGAUCCGGUCUCAAGAAUGGCGUCAAGGAUUUCCCGAAGGCAAUCUGGUGCCUCAUCAAAAACCUGACGUUUCUUUUUAUGAGUUUUGGAGUUAUUACCGAGUGGUUCCUUCUAACUAGCUUCGCAACGUUUGGGCCAAAGUACCUGGAAACCCAGUUCAGUAUGACGUCCAGUGAUGCCGCACUAUUAGCUGGUUAUAUCAUCAUUCCAGCUGGGCUAGCCGGGACUAUCAUCGGGGGUAUCGUAGUUUCCAAACUAAAACUUCAUUUUAAGGGUAUGGUCAUCAUGGCUCUGUUGUGUCUCUUCAUCUCUGUCCUCACCAUUCCAUCUUUCUUGGCAAGCUGUGACAACCCUCCGGUGGCCGGUGUCACCGUUCAAUACACCAACACUUCGCUGGUCUUCGAAGGUGAUGAAGCUGACAUUAACUCAGCGUGCAAUGCUAAUUGUGGAUGUGGAUCAGCGUUUGACCCAGUUUGCGGUAGCAAUGGUAUUCUUUAUUACACGCCGUGCCAUGCCGGCUGUGACGUCAUCAAUACAACUUCGAGUAUCAAGGCUUACAGUAACUGCUCUUGCAUCGAAUCCCCGGAUGCAGCCAAUGGCCUGCCAUCAUGGGCCGUCUCAGGGAAAUGCUCUCAAAACUGUACAUACGAAAUUUUAUUCAUCAUCAUGUUCUUCAUACUACUCGCUUUCACACUGAUGGCGACAGUACCUGUUACCAUGGCAACAAUGAGAUGUGUAUCUCAUGAUCAAAGGAGCUUUGCCUUAGGAUUCCAGUCUGUCUUAUUCAGAGCUUUCGGUACCGUCCCAAGUCCAGUUGUUUUCGGGGCUCUUAUUGACCUGACCUGUAUUCUUUGGGAGGAGGACGACAGCGGCGGUCGACAAUGCUGGCAGUACGACAACGAAGCCUUCAGUCGUACCUCGCUCAUCCUCGCGAUGACCCUUCGAUGCUGCUCCAUCGUUUUCCUCAUCGUCAGUCUAUGCCUGUAUAAGCCCGGCCCAAGCGGAGUGGACCCCGGGGCCGACGACGAGGAACCCGCCGUCGAAGUCGAGGAUGGGGUGACUGGAGAAACUCGGGAAAAUGGGAACGCUUUCCAAACAAAAUUGUAAAGACACGAAACAGUAAAAGUAAAAACACUGUUGAAGAGGUAUUCAACGCUGUUUAAGAUACUUCACAACAGUUGUUUAAUAGUUUUAAAAAACUAUGCACAAAUUAUUGAAAAUUUGCUGUUUAAAAUGUUAAGCAUUUCUUUAUUUCAAACGACUACUGUAAAGUUUAAUCAAUUAUAAACAUCGUUGUUUAAAAGAUUUUAAACAACGUUUUUAUUGUGUAAUAUCAUGUUUGAUGUAUACGCAUCCGGGUGGAAGUCCUGUAGCAGAUGAUAAUCACUUGUAUUUCUGCCAAGACGGAGGCGAACUUGUCGCAAUACAAAUUACCUCAUUAGAAAAUUCUAUUGAAUAUUUAUCAAAGUAGGCCUAUUAAAUCGUAGAUUGGCCAUGAUGCCACAACCGCUACUGAUACGGUUCGAAGGCCUUAAAGAUCUUCAAAAUUUUCACAAUCAUUAGUCUUUCCAUUUGUUUGAUGUAUUCAGAAAUUUUAUUUUUUAAUGUGAAAUGAUGUGUAUUUGAAAUUGGUAUUUUUUACUAUUCUAUUUCUGCAAUGAAAUGUCAGUCCUUUUUUAAAUGUCUCUUUACCCCCUCCCUCUUUCUCUAAUAAUAACCUUUCCCUUAUCUUCUACUUUCCCUCUUUUCAUUUCUGUUUCUUCCACUUAAACUUCUCUUGCUAUCAUUCCUCUGUGUCUAACGUCGACCUCUUUCAUAAUAUGUUCCUUUUCAUUAUUCUUUCACCUUUCGUUAUCUUCAGGGGUCCAUUUCAUUGAACUUGUUUCUAUAACAAAAUUUGCAAUUUUUGUUUUACGUUACUGAAAUCAUUGGAUUUGAUUGGCUGAUAGUGAAUUUAUAAUAAUUUGUUUUUCAUGAAACAGGACCCUAAUUGUUUUGUCAUUAUGAGUGUGUGUGCGUGUGUGUGUGUGAGAGGGGGUGGGGCGGUAUUUAUCUUCUAUAACUCUACCGUAUUUUAAAAAGGGGAUGAUGUUAGCCACUUCCGGAUAUGAAAAAAACUAUCCUCUAAAGAGAGAGAGAGAUAAAAAACAAAUAUUGAAGAAAGGC